AUGAUUAGAUUUAUUUCUGUUCGAAUUAAACCCUAACAAGAUUAAAAUAACCUUGAUAUUCUUGUUGACAAUAAUAUAUCUUAAUAGUACUUUAUUGCUGAUUAAAAUUUGAUGAUUGAAGCUGAAUUUGGAAAUACAAUAAUAUAAGAAAUCAUAUUACGUAUAUUUUUCAUAAUUUAAAAUUAAGAUCUAUCUCCAAUUCCUGAAAAAGAUAUCCUUUACAAAUGUUUCAAUUUAAAUGAACUAAAUCAUGAAUAUAAGAUAAUUAGUGGAAAAUUAAUUAAAAUAAGAACUGAACCAAAUUAUAUUGUUUAUGAAGCAUAAAUUAGAUCAGAAGUGGUAUUUAUUAUUCAUUUAUUGUAUAAGCCAUACACAAGAUUGACAUUAACUAUACAGAAUAAUUUUUAAGGCUAUUUUUAAAUUUAUUACUUUGGUGUUAGAGGAAAAAAUAUAGAGGAAGAUUAAAUGCAAUAAGAAUAUCAAGAAUCAAUUGAAAAAAAAAAUGUUAAGGUAAUAUUAAAACCAGGUAGAAAAUCUGAAAAUUUUAAUAAUAAAAUUGUAGAUAAUGCUAAUAUGACUCCAAAAGAAUUUUUUAAUCGGAUUAAAAAUAAGAUUCCAAUUAGUAAUAGAGAAAGAGAGCCAUAAAAUAUUAAUUUUUUAAAUUAAGAUGAUGAUUAAAUGAAAAUUGAACAACCUAAAAUAGAUGAAUAAAAUAUUAAUUAAUUUAAUAGAAAAUAAUAUGAGGAAUCAAAAGCCAAAGAUUAUCCAGAUGGUCGAAAAUAUAUAACACUUUAAGAUGAUGAUGAAAAUUCUGUUCAAUUUAUUGAAGAAAAAGUUAAAUAAUAAUAAAUUUAAUAAUAAAUAAACAAAAAUAAUCACUUUUCUUAAUAGAAAUGUUGCUUUUCAGAUUCUAAACCUUAUUCAAAUAAUAAAAUACAUACUAAAUAGUUAAGUAUUACUAAAUUCACUUCAUAAUAAAAAUAAAGUGUCAAUCCAAAUUCUAAAACAGAAUAUAAUGUGUUUUAAAAUAUGACUAAAUAUACAGCUUCUGAAAUUGAUUAAGAAUUUCUUCAAUUUCAUAAAGCAAGUAUUUAUUAAUCAUAAUAUUAUUAGUUGAAGAAAGUAGAAACGUUCCUGCUAAAUAUAGAUUAAUACAUAAAUUAAAUACAUAGUAAUACUGA